AUGCGCCAAUUUUUGAUCUACCUGGUUUUCGCGGCGGGAGCCAUGGGGAACGCUGUCCGCGAUCAAUGCCAUUGCGUAUCGAGUGUGAGCUGCUCUUGCUCGUGCGCUCCAGCUUGCCAGAAGAGCUGCAGUCAGCAAUGUCAUGACGUGAGCUGCUUGCAGCAAUGCGUUGCGAAUUGCGCGGCUCAGUGCGCCAUCACCACCACCACCACCGCCGCCACCACCACCAAAUCGCCGCUGCUGGUUCGCAUCGAUGUGUCGGCAUGCAGCCCACAGUGCGCGACGAACUGCCAGCAGGAAUGCGCCACACAGGGCCAACAAUGCGCCAAUGAAUGUAGUAGGCAAUGCUCGACGGCUUGCGUCCAGAAUUGCGCCAACCAGUGCGCCAAUGAGUGCUCGUCGUAUGCUCAAUGCCAGCAGUGUCAGAGCAAAUGCGUACAACAGGCUUCUAUGAUGGCGACGACGCAGGCGCCUGUAGUUCAGGCAAUUGCGGACACCAUUCUCAACAUUUCCACAAUGAUCAAGAAGAUGGGAUUCAUCGAGACAAGCUCAAUUAGCAGAUUGUCGAAGGGUCAUCGAACCCACCCAGCUACAGUAACCCCAUCAGAAACUCAAUCAUAG